AGCCAUUUUGGCUCAUGCCGUCUCCUGCCCUUCGCCCGCGCCGGUCCGCAUGUCCGGGUGCGCAUGUGCUGCUGGAGGACAUUGGGAGCUGGCUGCGGGGGGCCGCCACCGGCAGGGGGAGUGGCCCGUGCGAUGUCUUCGUCGGGAGGAGGGCUCUCGGCUAGGGGCCCCAUGCGGCGCGGCGUGAGGCGAGGCGGCGCGGGCGCGUUGCCCUGGAGCGGGGCCUCUGGCGUGCGCUGGGCCGCCCCGACGGGCACCGGUGCGGCGCCGCACUUGGGGCGCUCGGCGACGAGGUGGCAAGGAGGGAACGCCUCUCUCGGCCUACCUUGGUCGCGGGGGUCAUCGGAGCGCGGGCGAGGCCUGGGCAGGUGCUGGUGCGCAGCUGCGCCCAACACGCCACCAGCCUGCCCCGAGGACGGGGCGCCCCUGUCCGCAUGGCGUCUUGCUGAGCGGUGGCCGCGCCUCGGGGAGCAGUUCGAGGAGCCGACCACGGUCCCCGAGGUCCCGACGGGCUUGGACGUGGUGGACCUCGAGGCGGACCUGCUCGCACGGGCGGCAUUGCAGGCGCUUGACGAGGACGGCGACGACUGCGUGUUCGGCGACGGCAGGUUCGUGGAGGCGCCCGCGGCAUGAGAGGGUCGUGCCAGGUUGGCCGCGAUGGCGGAAUGUGCAGGCGAUGGGGCAGGCGAUCGGUGCAACGAGUGCCUGGCCCCAGGAGUUUGGCUGGUGGACCAGCAUGCCGAAGUGGAGGCCUUCGUGGAGGGCCUGGCUUCGGGCUGGCGGCUGGCGGAGCAGCGCGGGCGGCAGCAGGUCCAGGACGUCUGGGACGAGCUGAAGGAGCUGCUCGUGGACUCCCUCACCAACAUCAGUGGCACCCUGCAGUUCUCGGAGCAGGUGCGGGAGGGUUCUCGCUCCUGCAGUUCGGCCCAGGAACUACGGGGCCUCAUUUCUGCCUGGCGCUCACAUGGCGCAGCCGCCACCCAGCGCGUGGCGAAGCUCAUGGACACCGUCAAGGCCUGGGGCGGUCUCCUUCGCUCUGGCGUGACGGCGCUUUGGCCUCGGACGGCCUAGCGACGGUCGAGAGGGCCGAAGCGGGUCGGCAGUCCGAGAGCGAGCCCGUGAGCAAUUGCGCAGGCGAAGCCGAGGCCGUGGCUGAGGCAGACCCGCAGCAGCGGCGCCGACGCCAGCGCGAGCAGGACGUAGACGACCUGAUGAAGGAGGGCAGAGUCGAGCAGCGCACCAGCGAGAAGUGCGAGCACGACUCGGAGCGGCACGACAGGGCCGAGCAGAGCGGCAGGGAGCAGGUUGCCGCGAAGCAGGGGGAGGGCGCCCAGCUGCAGUUGUACCACGACGCGGCCUGCUCCGACGCCGCCGACGAGGAGCUGGCGAGCGGCUUCUUCAGGGCGCGGUCGGAGGCCGAGCUCGAUGGGCAACGUCGUCGACAUCCUUGCGGGCAUGGGCCCCUCCCAGGCCGCCGACCUCGACCAGGGCUCAUUGUCCAGUUCGUGACGGAAGCUUAUGGGCGGAGGGACAAGUGCGAAGCCGCGGGCGCCGCGGCCACGGCCCCCACCACGCCCCUGCAGCUCCUCGGCGCCAUGGCGGGCGGGACGCGCAGCGGAGCCCGAGGCGGGGGCCCCGCCGAGCCCGGCCGCACGAGGCAGUAUAAGAAGGAUCUGGCUCGGGGCACGGCGGGAUCGAGCGGUCGAAGUCCGCGGCGACGCGCGAGGCGCGGCGGAGGCGGCGUGCCAGCGCCCCUUGAGGACCACGGCUUCCCCUCCGAGGAGGAGGCGCGCGGCCGCGGCCCGGUGGCGCGCUCCUCUCGACCGGUUGCGCACUUCAGGCGCCAAGGCCGUACAUGGUAGGGAAAUCUCAGGAGAAACGCCUGGCCCUCCAUACUGAC